CGUUUGCCUGGUUAGCUCCAACAUGUCCAAGACGGCUGUGAUUGGCGUGUCUCUUGCGCUGAUUCUCGUCUCGAUAUUUCUCAGUUGUAAAGGUCGAGAUCGCCCUCCCAUCCAAUGUUACCAGUGUCAAAACUAUUUGAAUCUUACAUACUACGAUUUCUGCCCAAUGAAUAGCACUGUGGAUCUGGAGCGAGCAUUCAGCGGUGAUUGUGAGGGCAUGUGUUUUACCAGGACGGACAAAUCGGACCCAAAAUUGGUCUUCCGCGGCUGUACCACCGGUCAAGGUAAUAUGCCCAACCCUCUGCCCAAAACAGGUUGUUACGACUGGAACGGUGCUGUCAUAUGUAUAUGCGACGGGACCUAUUGCAAUCUGGUACCCAUGGGAACAUCUUCUGGCGUUUCGCUUAAUGAGCACCUGACUGACCCGAAUAUAACUGUGGUGGUGGACACAGAUGGACCGCUGCAGUGUUACCAAUGUAUAAACUACGACACGGAAGGGACGUAUUAUGCCCAGUGUCCCCUUAACACUGCUGUUGUUACCCAUCUGGCCUACCAUGACAACUGCACGGAUAAGUGUUUUACACGAACUGCCAAAGACAAUCCUCUGUUCGUCGCCCGAGGCUGCACCGACUCCCAGUACGGGAUGCCCGAUCCGAUGCCCGCAGACGGCUGCUACACCUACCGAGGUGAAACCUGGUGUGUCUGCAGCAAACCCUACUGCAACCAAGCACCCAUAGAGGACGACGGUGUGUUCAAGUGCUACUCGUGUGUAGCCGUAGAUCUUGAAGGCAACUACUACUCACAGUGCCCUAAGAACGACCGCGUACAGAAUGCCUAUCUGGCCCCCUGUAAUGGUUCUUGCAUCACUCGCUCAUAUGAUUAUGACGACAGGC